ACUACUUCCUGGUGUGCACUUCGCUGAGGGACGUAGGAUGUACUGCGAGUAUUUUGACAGGGCUCAUCCGGUACGCACACUGUUUGCUGACAUGUUUGAUGACGCGUUCCAGCAGGGUAGCGCACAUCGAUGACGUAAAACGCACUGUCCAAAGUUUACAGUUUUCGCACGCUUACAAUCUACGCGUUCAAACCUCUCGGACACUUCUACGAGUUUUGCGCCUUACUUGGUCACCGAUCGGGCCGAAGAACAAGAAGGAGGAGGAGAAGGAGAAAAACUGGACGAAGAAAGACGCCCCUGCACGUGAAGAACAGACGAAAAAUUUACGAACGCCAAAAAGAAAAUACAAAUGGAUGAGGCAGCCAUGGACACCCAUAUUCCCCGUGACCUUGAAAAAGUUCUUGGCGUGAAGGCUCAGAUUCGCUCCAAAGCUCAAGCUUUCACCCAAGCAUUCCUGAAGAGAAACACUGAGCCGCAGCCACAAAAGGAUGCAAAAGGUUUGCUGAGUCAUAAAGCCGUUAUCUUGGAGUACUCCAGGUCUAAUAAAAAGAUACUGCACAAAAAGAAACCCAAAGGAUUAAAUGCUCAGCAGAAGAGGGAAAUCAAGAUCUUCCAUAUAAAAAGUGAACACCAGAGGUAUGAGCUUUUCUUACCUCUGCAUGAUCUCUGGAAACAAUAUAUCAUUGAUCUUUGCAAUGGAUUGAAGCCAACAAGCAGUCCACACUCUGUGCAGCAGAAACUAUUGAAGGCAGACUUCCAUGGUGCCAUUAUCACAGUGGUUCGGUCCAAAUGCCCUUCAUAUGUGGGCACUACAGGAAUUUUGAUCCAGGAGUUCAAGCAUGUUUUCAAGAUGAUUACAAAAGAAGACAAAUUCAAAGUAAUCCCGAAGAGGAACAGUGUAUUUCAACUUGAGAUAAAUGGCUUCAUCUCUUUCAUCUACGGAAACAAGUUUGAGCAGCGAGCCAGCGAACGCUCAGCAAAGAAGUUCAAAAUCAGUGGAAGUAUUGACUUGUGAAAGUAGGCAGCAUGUUAAUCAUCCCGUUCCUUCUCCCCCUCGCUCCAGCUUUUGCUAGUAAGGUGGCAAAGAUCUCUGUUGAAAUAGGACAUGUAUAGGCUGAUGCAUUCAAGUAAGACUGGCAGAAUUUGCCCUUUUGAGUCAGUAUUUCAAUUAAUUGACUCCAAAAGACAUAACUAAUCCCAGGUACUAAUAUUUUUGGGGGUGCGUUAAGAUAAGAGAUCUGAAAAUGGCUUGUACUGAACUGCUUCUCAAAGAUGGAUCUCCAACUCGGCAAGGCAAAUGCAUCUUACAAGGCCAAUAGAAAUUUCACGCUAUCUUCUUAAAUUAUCAUAUUUGUAAGCCUGUCAAGCACAGGCCUCCUUUGUUACGGUUGAUUGCUCUAAAUUCCCACUCACAGUGGAACUUGAACGCACAGUCGAUGAGUCGCUUUCUAGACAUUUGACAUCAAAGUACCCAAAAUUAUGGACUAAGCACUGAUGGAAGUGGAUUUUCGUCAUCAUCACUAACCGGGUCAAGUACCAACGACGGACUUCUCAGUUUGUCACGCCCAUUUAGGUGACAAUCAACAAAAACACAUGCCGUGCGUCUCGUGCGUGUCUGUUGGCGAUGGUUGAAUAAACAAACCCCAAAACACCUGCAAUAUGAUACAGAGUUGGCGCAGUGUCGUAAAAAGUCGUAAAGCAUUGAAUUUAUUCAUUUGGAAACUACCUAAAAAAACUAAAGAUAAGUCUUGAAUUUAGAUAGCUGUGUCCUGAAUUUUAUUCUGUAACUAACUUUAUCUCAUUAGUCUUCUAACGUCGCAUUUGUCAUUUUGAUUUAAUGUUGCCUAAAUAAACGGGACAGAGUGAAAAUCAUUCAGAUGCUGUUAUUCGAUUUAUUUUGUGAAAAAUGUCAUGUGCAUAGUUAGAUGCACUAUUGUUGUCUCAUCUCGUUUCAAUAAAGUCGACUGACAGCUAU